AUGGCCACUCGUGACAGAAGGAAUCAUGUGAAAGUAAAGAACAUCAGGUUAGUGACAUUUAAUGAUCAGUGGCCAUCAGUUCCAUUCAUUGAAACAAAAGAUAUUAAUGAUAUUAAGGGACACCGAGGGAUACGCAGGGACACCGAGGGACACGCAGGGACACCGAGGGAGACGCAGGGGCACCGAGGGACACUGAGGGACACCGAGGGACACGCAGGGGCACCGAGGGACAUGCAGGGACACCGAGGGACACGCAGGGGUACCGAGGGACACGCAGGGACACCGAUGAACACGCAGGGACACCGAGGGACACGCAGGGACACCGAGGGACACGCAGGGACACCGAUGAACACGCAGGGACACCGAAGGACACGAAGGGACACCGAUGAACACGCAGGGACACCGAUGGACACGCAGGGGCACCGAGGGACACGCAGGGACACCGAUGGACACGCAGGGGCACCGAGGGACACGCAGGGACACCGAUGGACACGCAGGGGCACCGAGGGACACGCAGGGACACCGAUGGACACGCAGGGACACCGGGGGACAUGCAGGGACACCGAGGGACAUGCAGGGACACGCAGGGGCACCGAGGGACACGCAGGGACACCGAGGGACACGCAGGGACACGCAGGGACACACAAGGACGCAUUAGCCAGAUCCAUUCGCGAGAUCUGA